CGGCGGUGGACAUGGCGGCCAACGAGUCGGCAUUCCUAGAGAGGGUGGGUGAACUUCAGCGGCAAUUGCACGCCAGGUUAUGUGUUCAUUGAUUCAAGCACUACAAAUCAUUGAGACAUCAUAGCUGUUCCAGUGUGCUUGUAAGAGUUAGUGAUCAUUGGAAAAGUGAUCAGCAAAUAGUCGUCACGAACAAGAGAAAAUCUGCAGAUGCUGGAAAUCAAAGUAAUACAAGAUGCUGGAGGAACUCAACAGGCCAGGCAGUAUCUAUGGAAAAGAGUAAACAGUUGAUCUUUCAGGCCAAGACCCUUCAUCAGAAACAGUCCAGUGAACGUAAACGGCUGGAGCUGGAAAAGAACCUUUUGGUAUGCAGCAAGUCAGAUCAGUGGAAGCUAAGGCAUGCCCGAUUGAAAAGUUAUUUGAAAGAAGUGCGUGAAAGGGAGAGAAAAGCCCAACUUCGCAACCAACAGUUGCUCAAAGACUUUGGGAGUAUUGAAGCUCAAAUCACAGCAUUAAGUACAAGUUCAGACACAUGGAAACAAAUGAAGAUGGAAUAUGAAAAACAGAUGGAAAUAUUACUUCCAGUUUGGAGGGAGAAAUUAAAAACUCAAGGGAGGGAGAAGGAAGAAAUCUUGGAACAGGAAAGAAAUUCAUCAGGUCAAACCAAUGCAACUGUUAGCAAAAACCUGUCGGUGGGAUUAUAUCACACUGCCACUCACUUCAUGGGCCAGCAAACUUCAGAGACCACAGAUAGAACAUGUUCAAGUCCACAACAAAACCAUUACCAGCCCAUGGAGAGCUUUUUAUCUCCUCAGCCAAACAGACAGGUGGCACCGGUGACAGCAGUGCAGAGUAAUUCAGUGAUGGACAACUUGAAGUUACUCACAUCAAGCACAGGAAGGCAAGACUUCCAAACUCUUUCUGACAUAAUUGACGGGAAGACAGGGCUUCCAGGCAAUGAAGUAAUGCCACUCAUUCCCAUCACCUCUUCUAAACCUGCAAGACGUAACAAUGAAAGGACAGAAAUUAAUAAGAAUAUUACAGCAAAAGGUUCAGUUGGCAGUUCAGAAUUAGCUUUAUCUGUGGCUCAGUUAGAGCCCAUUAAGAAAGAAAUGAAAGAAGGCACAGUGCAGAAUGAUGUUAAGAAUCACCUGACAGUUGAAGAUAAAAUUCCUAACAAUCCUGCUGCAUGUGUACAGACCCCUGAGCAGUUUCAGAGAUUGUCCAUGGAUCCAGUCCAACUUGCUGGCAGUUUUGACAUGACCCUGAAGGGAAACGGCAUUUUUCAAUUAGGUAAUGCUUUCUUUGAAUCAGCAUUGACCCAGGAUCUGAAUAAGGAUGCAACAGAGGCUCAGAGACCAAGCCAAUAUGUGCAGAGGCUUGCAGAUGAAGUAUACAAUUCUGAAAGUGACAUCAGUAGUUCUGGUAGCAGCGAAAAAUUGCAGCUGAAGGAAUAUCUCGAUGAUACUUAUAACUUCAUUCAAUAUCCCAAAACAGCUGUAAGUGAUGAUCUGGAAAAGACCAAUGAGGCACCUUUUACCAAAGAUGAAAGCACUUCAGUUUCAAUAAAGCAACACAGUGUGCCUUCCUUAACUCAGCCAUCAGUAUUAGACUGUGACAGUUCUGCAAAUGCUGAUCUUCGUGGAGAACUAUGUGGGUCCACAGCACAGUCUCUGAAUGAUGAAGGGUGCCUUUUAUUUGAAGGAUUUUGUCACUUACUUCAGUCAAUAGAAGAUGCUGUUGGGGGAACAAAGACUACCUAUUCAGAGCUGUAUCAGACUACUGCAAUAAGUAGUGAAAAACUGAAGGAAAUCACAAGGCUCUGCAAUAGGAAAGGCAGUUUGAACAAGGAAAGCCUAGAAGCCUGUGGAGCAGUAGUUCUUCACCAUUUUAAGACAUUAUUAAGGAGUACUUCAAAUGCCUGUUUGUUUUCUGAUGAGAUUUUGAAGAAGAACUGGGAGACAUUUGAUGAAGUUAAUGAAAGCUUGUCAAAUUUACCUGGUGAUUCUGCCACACUCUGGAAGCAUUGGUAUUCACACAUUCUUUCUUUGUUGGAGCAUCAAGUACUGAGUACAGACGAGAUAGCAGAGAUAUUUGGACCUUUAUUUGUUGCGGAGGAGGGUAACUCAAAAAAGGCAAUAGCAUUAUUGAAGAAAAUCCUUUCAAAAGCAAUUGAAACCCAGUCUAUUCAAAGUGAUGACUCAUCAUGCAGUUUAUCAUCUAUUCUCAAUGACAGUGCAGAAAUUAAGGCAACAAACCCUGUGCCCUGGCUUUUUCAGAAUAAAUCAAAACAGCAAGAAACAAGAGCAUAUGAACUUUUGAAACAAUCGGCAAUGCAACAGAAUAAGAAGGACGAUUCAGACUUGCCUUCACCAGGUAAAAGGAACCCGAAAUACACCAAAAAGAUGAAAAAUGAUAAUGAUGAUGAUCAUUGUGAAACUGACUCGAGUGAGGAAAGUUCACAUUUAAAGUGCAGAAACAAACGUGAGGGAAUUAAUCCAGCAAAAUCUAAAGCUUUUUGGGGUGAAUCUGAUGACACUGCAUCUGAUAUUGAAGCAAUUCUUCAUCCUAAAACUUCAGAAGCGCAAAAUGAUGAAGAUGACUUUGAUGAUUUCUUUUCAUAACAAAACAGAGCCCUUCCAUUUGCCCGAAGAGGCACUACAACAUGAUCAGGAUACAAGUAUGGAUGUGGUUCAUUAGUAAUAAAUCAGUAUCAUGUGAUAUAACAGAAACUUACAAUAUUCACAGUUUUUUUAAACCACUUAGAAGAUGUGCAAAUAAAGGGAAAGCUAACAGUGGUGGACCUUAGUGAAUCUGACAGCAGCAUAGGGCUGAAAUUAACCAGAAUAAUGCCACUUUGUGGAUAUUUACACUUAUUUCCGAUGUAUUUCUGAUCCAAAAGAAUGGUAACUGUAAGAAUAGAGCGAAGAAAAAGAAGAAUAACAAUAGGCAGAAAAGAAUAAGCUACAAUUUUUAGAGUAUUUUUG